CUUUUUGACAUGUUGGAACAUUUAUUCGCCAAGCCGACGACGGUGAAGUAUGAAAGUGUUGGUGACAGGUGCUUCAGGUUACUUAGGUGGAAGACUCUGCCAUGCGCUCCUCCGUCAUGGCCACUCCGUUCGGGCGUUCGUCCGUCGCACCAGUGAUCUCUCCUCCCUUCCUACUCUUUCCGACGGCGUACCUCUAGAACUUGCCUAUGGUGACGUUACGGACUAUUCGUCACUUCUCGCAGCUUGCUCCGGCUGCCAGGUGGUUUUCCACGCCGCUGCUCUAGUGGAACCAUGGCUUCCAGAUCCUUCCAAAUUUGUCUCUGUCAAUGUUGGAGGGUUGAAGAACGUAAUUCGCACGUAUAAGGAAACGGAUGUGAUAGAGAAGAUCAUUUAUACCUCAUCAUUUUUCGCGCUAGGGUCAACCGACGGAUAUACUGCCGAUGAAAGUCAAAUGCAUUCAGCCAAGUUAUUCUGUACUGAAUACGAGAAAUCAAAGGCUGUAGCUGAUAAGAUUGCUCUAGAAGCUGCAAAUGAAGGGGUACCUAUUGUGGCUGUUUAUCCUGGAGUUAUAUAUGGACCUGGUAAAGUCACUGCUGGGAAUGUGGUGGCCCGAUUGAUUGUAGAACGAUUUAAUGGACGAUUACCUGGGUAUAUAGGUCAUGGAAGUGAUAAGUUCUCUUUUAGUCAUGUAGAUGAUGUGGUAGAUGGCCAUAUUUUGGCUUUAGACAAAGGCAAACCAGGUGAAAGAUACCUUCUUACAGGAGAAAAUGCAUCAUUCAUGCAUGUUUUUGAUAUUGCUGCAACUAUAACCAACACAAAAAGACCUUUUUUCAACAUUCCAUUGUUCCUCAUCAAUCUUUAUGGUUGGGUAUCCGUGGUGUUCUGUAAAAUCACCGGAAAACUUCCACUCAUCAGCCCCCCGACUGUGCGUGUUUUGAGUCAUGAGUGGGCUUAUUCGUGUGAGAAGGCGAAGAGAGAACUUGGGUACAAGCCGAGAAGUUUGAAAGAAGGUCUAGAAGAGGUUCUUCCUUGGUUGAAGGACUUAGGCGAUAUUAAAUACUAACAAAUACACGUUAACAUGAUCCUAAAUAUUACACCUUUUAUUGUUUAAAAAAAUGAUUUUGAUUUUGUGUGUUGUUAUGAGCUUUACUUCUGAAGUAAAGCGUGUGAAAAGUUUAAAAUUGUUGCUAAUUCAUCUUGGUUCAGGGAAA